AUGAAUCGUGGUGAUAGAAGUAUUCCUAGCAAUGUGAAUAAUCCAAACGAGUUAUUUGACGACAAAAAUAAUGAUAGUAUCAAUGAUUUGUUAGCCGAUAAAUAUCCAACAAAUCAUAAUGAUAAACCUCUCGACGUGAGCUCCGAUUUAUUCGCCGACGAAUGUGAAGAUGAUCUAAUGGGUCUAAAUCUGGAAUCGAACGAUGCGCAAAUUCUUGCCAAGAGCGACAAAAUAGAAAAUCCCAAUCACGACACUUUUCCUCAUCUUAAUUCGAAUUUCGAUCUGAAUUUUAGCUUCGAUGAAAAUUUUGAAUCAAAUAACCACUUGCCCCUAUCUAAACCUAAGAACGGUACGAAUAUUAACAAUGAUCAAUCAAAAAUUAACAAAGAUACAGAAAUCGAGAGUAAAUUUGAUAUUUUGGAUGAGGAUAUAUCCGAAGAAGACAUUACCAUGUGCGCACACAUCUCAAAAAAUACCUACUUCUCUACGGAUGUCGACAUCGACAAGGUAGGGUCAGACAUGAUUGGAGUGGAUAAAAAAAAUGAGAUGGGAAGUAAUAACGUUAGCGGGAAUAAAUUAGAUAUAUCAUCUAAUUUCGAUCUGAUGGGCAUUGAUUCAACACUAGACAGACACGAAUUUUCGGCGGUUGAUGCUCAAGUCAUAAACGAAGAAAAAGUGUAUGGCAGUUGUUUCGAUUUGGGAUUAGGGAACGAUAGAGAUAAUUAUCACGUUAAAGAAGAGCUCAACCAACAAAUUGAGAAUGAUCUGGAUAAGGUAAAACCUAUCGUUAAAAACUUAGAAACAAAGGGAGAGAGUGGUGUGAAGGCGUCUAAAGGCGCUACGCUACCCGCGAGCGCUAAAAUUAUCCAAAAGGAUAACGUAUUAUACUCCUCUUUUGACUUGGGCCUGGACGAAGACGCGAGCAUAUUCCAAAAUCUUAACAUCGAUUAUGAUAAUAAUAACCAAAAAAUGAAAAACGAUGACAAUAAACUAGAUAAAAGUCCGUCAUAUUUUCAAAGGGCUACCGAGAAUAUUGAAACGCGGGACGAAAAUAAUAUUACAAUCUUGAAAACACCGAACAAUUCUCACAAAAUUAAACUCUCACCUGACUUCAUGCCUAAAAAGCAUAGCACACCGUUCGCUGAUAAAAAACGAAUAUUAGCGACUCUCUCCUCCAAUAAGAAGAAUGAAUACGAAUCUCAAAAUGAGAAUGAAAGUGACCAAUUUACCCGCGAAAAGGGAACUCAUAAAUCGCGUGACGAUGAUAACAUAGUCAAUGAUUUCGGAAGCGAUAGUGAUCAUUUUAUCCGCGAAAAGGUUACUCAUAAAUCAGAUGACGAUGAUAAUAUAGUCAAUAAUCCCGGAAGUGAUAAUGAUCUCGAAGAUUCGUUUCUCGAAGUUAAAAAGAAUAAGCGAAAAUCGAAUAAGCGCCAAAAUAAAUGCGUAUCCAAAAAGCAAAUUUUGAAAUUCUUAGAUUUGGAAGCUCAGGUCGACGGUUCUGCCAGCGGCAGCGACACUGGAUUAGAAAAUGACGAAGAGUUAGAUAAUACCAUGUUGGAUAGCUUUGUAGUUAGACCCAAUUCGUCGAAAUAUUACGAAGGAGUUGAAAGCGAAAGUAAGAUGGAAGCCGUGUAUUUAAAAUCAACCAAGAAUAUUCAGGGGAUGUACGGCAACAAAUUCAAGAUCAAAAUCUCCAACAAUAACAAACAAGUUUCCUACAUAUAUUCCCAGUUUCCCGAUACACAGGAGAGGCAAGAGACCUAUAACCAAGAUAGCUUUUGCGUCGAUAAUAACAUGGAAAAAUCCGAAUAUGAUACAAACCAUUUUCUCACCGAUAAUGAUGAUGAAUAUAAUUCUAUUGUAACCCACAAAGAGACUAGUUGUAGUAAGAUAGAGCUGCCUACACCCGGUUUCAUUCAAAUUUCGUCUAGCGAUGACAGUCAUAUAAAUGUAGGUAACAAAAACAACCGAAGAAACGAUAAAACCAAAGCUACCAAAAGACGCCAUAAUAAUUUUGUCGAUUCUGACCACCACGAGGAUAAAGAUACCGUCAUAUCGGAUGCUACCGAUUUUUCGAUCGACGAUGAAAGUAAAAAUAUUAUAUAUAAGCUGGAUUCGCGUUCAAAACCCAGGGUAUUUGAUAAACCCGUUCCCUUGCCGAGAAGGGGCUACAGAAAAUUUGUAAUUUUGCCUGCGGAAAGUAAGAAAGGUCCGAAUUUUAUAACUAUCACAGACGAUUCUGAAGACAACUUAAUUCCCCCAAAACCUAGAAACAAAAAAUACAAUAGAAUUAAGCCAUUAAAGAAUGGCUCAGACUCAUCACUAGAAAAUUAAUGAAUCGCUGCAGUCACGAAAUUAUAUUUGUUAAUAAAUAAACAAAUUAUACAAUGCAAUCAUAAAUAUAUUUAAAUUUUAUAUAUAGAUAUAUUUAUUUAUAUAAUUCUUAAUUUAA